AAUGCUGGGUAUGGUUUCUUCAUGUGGCAAGACCCACCAAUGUGUGUGCACUCACGACAAGUGAUUCCGAGAUUGCUUAGAAAAUUGAAUAAUCUAAUGUUGUAUUCAAAUGGAGAGGAGGAGCUGGAUAAGGGUGGUGGUACUUACCUGCAAUUGUCAUUACCUAAUUAUCUGUACUCAUUUUGGGGUGAAUUUUCACCUGUUAAUGUUAAUAAUUGUGCAAUCACUUACCUGGAAUUGGCAUGA